UUGAAGACACAGGGAGCUCUCCUCUUGGCCGCUGCUGUCCGUCGCUGCCUCAGCCUUGCUCUGACAAGGAGAUUGGGGAGGGGGGGCUGGGUAAAGCCGUGUGUGCAAGAGAGACAGAGAGAGAGAGAGAGGAGAAAGAGGGGGGCUGGCUUUAGUGUGAUGUGAAUGGAAUAGACUCAGAGAGAGAGAGAGAGAGAGAGAGAGAGAGAGAGAGAGGGAGGAGGACGGCACAAAUCAACCUGCCUCUUGACUUUAACAACAGAAUAAGAGAAGCCGGUUGAGACGCCACAGAGAUCGAGGAAGUGUGUAUUUGUGUGUUCUGUGUGUGAUCUCUUGUCGCUUGAUUUUUAUUUUUGGAGAGAGGAAGAGAAAGAGAGAGAGAGAGAGAGAGAGAGAGAGAGAGAAGAGAUCGGCAGACAGGAGGAGGAACUGAAGCAGGAGGAGGAGGAGAACGAGCUUCACCGUGGAGAUAGAUAGCAGAAAAAUGCUGUCAUGGGGAGAGCAGGGGAGGGAGUCGGCAGUGAGGAACAGGAUGAAACAAGGCAGGGUUGAGCGGAGCUGAAAUGUGGAGGUGGCCAGUGGAUAAGAGCAAAAGGGAAGCAGCAGGCACUGAAGAGUGCAGAGGAAUGGAUGCCAUGUUAGGACGGUUGAUAGAGACAUUACCUCUCCUACACCUAGGAAAGAAAGUCUGGCUCCAGGGAUGAUCCUCACAUUCUUACCCAGCAGGAAGGGGCACCCCAAAACUGGAGUUCCACUAAAACACCCAUCUGUACACCCGCAGCAAAAAUUUGCUGCAAAUUUCCUUCAACAAUCUUCUUCAUUUUACACUUCAAGGACUUGUUGACUUGUUUGGCACCUCAAGGAAAUUUCUAUGGGAGCCCAAGGGUUGAGAAAGUUCAGUCAUCUUAAGUGGUGUGAAUGAGUUCUAUAUUUGCUGCUUUCACUCAGAGGGUUUUUUCAUCUCCGUGCGCAUCACUCCAGUUUCACACCAGUACCACAGAGACCAGGACAGGCAUUUAACUGGGAGAGCAGGAAGCUCUGGGAGCCCAGAGUGGAGACAAGACUGGAAGACUGGAGCUGGUUUCUAGGGGCACCAUGCAGUCAGAUGAUCUCUUCAUCCGCAAGUUUCGCCGUCAGAACAUGCGGCCGCCAAUUGCUACAGUGAACUUUGACCCCAAACGGGAGGCAGGUGUGGUAGAGUGGCCACCCAGGAGGGAGGGUGAUGGAGUGGAUGGAGACAGCCUCACUCCGAGCCGUGUGGGCUUGACCCUUAGAUCAGUGGGCCGGGGCCACAUCAUGCAGAGAAGUAACAGUGAUGUAACUUUGGGGGACUUGGACUCCUCCGGAAAGGCUGGAGGGAAAUCUGCUCGAGUAGCUGGUGAGAAAGCAGGUGUAGGAGCUCAAGGGGACUCAGGUGUUCUGCUGCAUAGAGAAUACGGCAGCUUGUCCUCGCUGGAGAGACAGACUCAAGCCCAGGAGGCGAGCUGUGCAGAUCAGGGACCUUUGAGUCCAAAUGCUCUCCGCUUCAAAGACCCUUUCCUGCUUUUAGGACUGCAAGGCAACCCGCCAGAGCCUGACGGAUUCUUUCGAGGUCUGACUCUUUCCACAGGGGACUCCCCAAAACCUGCCAAGCCGCCGAAGCCUGAAGGUCUAAGUAAGAAGAGCAAACCUGUGCCUUCUCUGAUUCCCCAACCAGGUCCGUAUGACAACAUCGGGGGCGGAGCCUGGGUGAGGAAUUUUGCCCACUAUGAUGUUCAGAGCAUCCUGUUUGACCUCACUGAGGCAGCUACAAACAGAGACAGCAUUGGACGGAAGAAGAACAUCACCUCAGGGGCUUCAGCCGCCUCCCAGCUGAGGCCUCUCUCCCAGGCCACCCCGUCCUCACCUGCUCAGGGCGGGGGAGGCAACGGGGGGAUCGCUGAUGACCCCGAGCAGUCGCUGCUGCUGGACGAAGGGGACGGCAACGAUAACGAACUCCUGCUUAGCUGCCCACACUUCCGCAAUGAGACAGGGGGAGAGGAGCAGGUGGGUCUGGGUAGAUCCCAGGGGAGGCGAGGACUCUGGUCCAGCUUACGGACCCCCAAUGAUGCAGUGUCGGUCCUGGAGGAGCCCAGAGAGAGUCACAUCCAACAACAGGGCAAAAGCAACUACUUCAUAGAGCAUGCAGAUCUGGGAGCCCAUUACUAUCGCAAAUACUUCUACAUGAAAGAACACCAGAAUUUCUUCGGCAUGGACGAUCGCCUCGGUCCGGUAGCCAUCAGUUUCCGUCGUGAGGAGAAGGAGGGAUCCAGUGGAGCUCAGUACAAUUACAGAAUCAUCUUCCGCACCACAGAGAUGAAGACACUGCGAGGUUCCAUCCUUGAGGAGUCUGUGCCUUCUGCUGCUCGACACACGACCCCCAGAGGCUUGUCUCCUAAGAGGCUACUGGAGUUCAUCAUGCCUGAGCUGAACCUGCACUGCCUCCGCUUGGCCUCAAACUCCCCCAAGGUCCGCGACACCCUGCUGAAACUCGACGAACAAGGGCUGAAUUUUCAGAGAAAGGUUGGCGUGAUGUACUGCCGGGCCGGGCAGAGCUCGGAGGAAGACAUGUACAACAACGAGAGCUCAGGGCCGGCCUUUGAGGAGUUUCUGGAUCUGCUUGGGGAGCGGGUGCGCCUGAAGGGCUGGGAGAAAUACCGAGCUCAGCUGGACAACAAGACGGACUCAACCGGGACACACUCUCUCUACACGCGCUACCAGGACUAUGAGAUUAUGUUUCAUGUGUCCACGAUGCUGCCCUACACAGCCAACAACACGCAGCAGUUGCUGAGGAAGCGACACAUUGGUAACGACAUCGUGACAAUCGUGUUCCAGGAGCCAGGCGCCCUGCCCUUCACUCCCAAAUCCAUCCGUUCUCACUUCCAGCAUGUCUUCAUCAUUGUGCAGGUUCACGAGCCCUGCACUGACAACACCUACUACAGAGUGGCAGUGACUCGUUCAAAAGACAUGCCAUUAUUUGGCCCACUGUUCCCUAAGGGUGCCCGCUUCCCUCGCUCACCCGCUUUAAGAGACUUCCUCUUGGCAAAGGCGGUGAAUGCUGAAAACGCUGCAGAGAAGUCAGAAAAGUUCCGCUCCAUGGCCACCCGCACACGGCAGGAAUACCUGAAGGACCUUGCAGAGAACUACGUCACCACCACACCCAUCGACUCCUCCACCAAGUUCCCCCUGCUCUCUCUGGGAGGAAAACGCAAGGACAAGCUGAAGGGCACUAAAGGGGCGGAGCUGCACAGUGCCGGGGCGCUGGUGUGGGCUGUGAUGGUUAACAGCUGGGGAGAAGACGGGGAGGUAGAGGAGCACAAGCUGCCCUGUCUGCUGGGGGUGUCGGCCGAGUCCGUUGUCCUCAUUGAGAGGUGUACACGAAGGGUGGUGUUUAACUGCUCCUGUCGGGAUGUGAUUGGUUGGAAGGCGGUGACAGAGGUGAAGGAGGGGGGACCAUGCUUGGAUAUCUUCUAUGAGCGUGGAGAGUCAGUGUCUAUAGGUGUGAUGGAGACUCAGGCGGAGGACAUCAAAGAAGUGGUGCAGAGACUGGAGCUGGUCACACGGGGUUGCGAGGCUUUUGAGGUCACCCCCCUGCGUGAUGGUGUCGGACAGCCGGGCUUCCUCAUGAAUGAAGAGGGCUUUGUGACGGAGCUGCAGCGGUUCUGUUAUGCCGAGAGCGGAGGUUUGCAGCUUUGGGCUCGUGUUGUGCGGCUCUGCGGACACUCCCUGGUUCACCUCAGCCCAGAAGAGAGAACCAGGCUGCUCCGCACAGCACACAAAAUCCACAUCACCGUAAUCCCACCAGACGAGAACGGGAAACCUCGCAGAAGUUUCUCGGAGCUCUACCAGAAAGCCAUUAAAGAUGCAGAGUGUAAACCCGGCGAGGAUCAGUCUGGGGAGGCCUGGGUGCUGGACGAGAGGGAAGAAGAAGAAGAAGAAGAAGAAGAAGAAGAAGAAGAGGAAGAAGAAGAAAGGGAGGAAGAAGUGACGGAGGAAGACAUGCUGAAGGCUGGUGGGGCUGAUGAAGUGGACAUAAUUGAGGUGGGGGCUGUGGAAAGUGAAGGGAACCUGUGUGAUAAAGAGCAAAGUGAGAGAAGUCAUGCCAUGCUUAUCCCGCCGCCCAGUUUACCUUUGCUACGAGCCACUUCUCUGCAGGACCAACCAGCCAAUCAGAGCGAGGAGGGAAGCGGCCCACAGCUCACACGCAGCUGCUCAUUGGAGAGAACAUCCUACAGGGAUACAUGUGACGGGCACGUGUAUGACAAUGUGGGACUGAAGGGCGACCGCCACAUCUACGAGAAUGUGGGCGAGCUGAGAGAUGCCACACCUGAUCUGAUCCUGGCUGUCAAACCCAAAGUUCCCCUGGAGGACGAACAGUUCAUGGGGGCUGAGUUUGGUGAUGACAAAGCUUCUGCGAGUGACUCUUCCUCCCGGCUGUCGUGUGUUGACCGAGCUGAAAGAAAUUCCAGAGCUCUGAGUCUUCAUAACUCCAUCACUAAGAUCCUCUCAGAGACGACAGAUUCCACCGAGGAGGAAUGGCAGUCCAUCGCUGACCUGGCUACCGCCUGCCGUAGCAUCCUGGAGGCUCUGUCACGAGAGGACCGUAAAGCUGGAGACCCAUCCCAAGCCGGUGCUGACCAGACAGACGGAAAGCUCAGAGACUCAAAAGAUAGUGACUCUCCAGGUCACCUAGAGGAGAAAGUAUCCCAGCUGGAAGCUAUGCUGAAGAAGCUGCAAGAUGACCUGCAAAAGGAGAAAGAGGACAAGGCGGUGCUGCAGGCCGAGGUGCAGAGCCUCCGGCAGAACAACCAGCGGCUGCAGGAGGAGUCUCAGAGCACGGUGGCUCGCCUCAUCAAAGUCACCGAGCUGCUGUGCAACGUCAACAAGCCCUGUUAGCUCUGGCACUGCUGCAUGCACGAUAACACACACAAAAUCAGCAGAGAGAUGCAAGUUGUACUACGUGAUUUUGCGCUCAGUAUACUCAUUUUUCUCAUGCAAAUUUGCAAAACUAGACACACACACACUUAUUUUCUUCAAUCUGUGUGGUACCACAAUCUCAAUCCUGAAUCCUGGACCUGCCUGCUGGUGAGGAAGUAUGCAAAUCAACUCAUGAAAAAAAAAGACAAAAAAGGACAUUUUCAGCAUCACAUCACCUUCACAGACUGACCAAUGUGCAACCCUCUAUACCAGAGUGCUUCUCUGUUAGUGUGUAUGAUACAGCAGUAUGUGUGUGGAUGUUUAAUGCAGCAUGUGUGCGAGCGUGUGUGUGUGCAUCUCUUACUGUACCUUGCUUAAAUACUUGACAAGCUGGGCUGAAUAGCACUUGCAUAAAAAGUGGCAAUUAAGACUGAGAGACACUGUAUAGCAUGUUAGGUGGUGUCUUAUCUGAAAUGACCAAAAGUGUAAAUAUAUAUCACCAAUAAUAUAUGUGAACAGUAGUGUUGCUAUCCUCUCUGCCGGACGUGUAGUUUCAGUGUGUGUGUGGCACUGUUAGUGUGGGAUGGUCGUGUACUGAAACACAACGAGAGACAAAAAAAGGACGUGACAAUGACGAGCCUGUAGGCGGCCUUCUACUUCAAAAGAUGUAAUGAUGGUAACUGAGUCGCCUCAGAGCGAGGUCUGUUACGUAAAGACAUCACUCUCUGCCCUCUUCUCCUCUCAGUAGUACUGUAUUUUAAGAAAUGCUUGAGUUUUUAGGGAGAUCUUUAAAACAUAAAUGAAAGGACAUAAACUGGAACCCCCCCAGAAAAAUGACCUGAGCAUGCUUGACCCCCCCUCUGGAAGUAUGUAUGAAAACAGUAUAAAAGUGAUACUGAAAAGGGUUAUACCUCUCCUGAAGACACAGACAAUGGCAGGAAAAGAGCUGCUUCAGCUUCCUUCCAUGUAGCUGUUUUCUUCUAACCUCACUAUUGUAGCAGCCAUACUGUAGAAGAUCUCCUCCUGCUGGCCUGAACCACAAAAUGCCCCAAAAAGGCAGCUUCUCCUUCAGCUGGCAACAUAGCUUUAGGUGUCUGAAAGCAACACCUGGAAGUUCAAACUAAACAUAGAAUAUUGUAUUUAAAAAUGUUUUGUGUUUUGGGAUGAUACAGUGAGUAUUUUGUUAAAUAUGGCUUAUGAGUGGUAGUGGUAAGGACAAUACCUGAUGUGUGUUUGUGUGUUUCUGUGUCAUUCUCGCACUUUCUUUUAAGGUAAAAUCAGCACUGGAUAGGGGCACAUGCUGUAUUUGAUUCUCAUGCCCAGGUAAUGUCUUACUCAGCAUAACAAGGUGGAAAAGAUCUCCCCUGUCACCACCUUACCUCACCUUUUUUUGUGUCCACUGCUGCUGAAAAAAAGAAAGAAAAAAAAAAGAAACGUGUGUUCAGAGGAGUCAGACUGCUUCUCCUCAGUGCCAACGAAAAAGCCCAGGCAGCUCUAUCAAACCCAGAGGAAUCAAACAGAACUGACUUGACAACCAACUUGGACAAAAAAGGGAUGCCAAACGUUCGCCAGUCACUCAGACUCUUGUUUUUCUUGUACAAACUUCCUCUUGUAAUUUUAUUUUAGAGUCACUGUGAAUACCUGGUACCAGCAUAUUAAGAUACAGUAUAUACAGAUUAAAUUAUGAAUCUAAACUUUAUCAGUAUGUAAAGAUACUGUAUGUACAGCUGAUCUGUUCAUGUUACUUAGUGCAUUGGGUUGUGUAUGCCCUCCUUUUUGCAGGAUAAUUAUGCAGAUAAUGUGUUUUAAUCGUGGCCAUGCAGGCUCCCGUUUCAUCUCCUGUACAUGCUGAAGCCUCAUGACUGACCGAGGGGAGACACUGGUGUUAGAAGACCUGUUUAACUGUGUCUCCUGUAUAGUUAACUAGAUUGUAGGAGGUUGGUCAAGCAUGAGAAUGUGCCAAGCAACUUCCAAGCUCCCCUUCUGUAUGUGUGUAUGUAUAAAAAUGUAACUUAUUAAUCAUGCAAAUGUGGAUUUUCUUGUAGCUGUUUAAACUGGAAGGAAGUGUGGAGAGUAAAAUGUGAAAUAGGAUAGUAAAGAAAGGUGAACUUGGUUAUAAAUUUUGUUUCUUUGUAGAAAAACCAACAACCAUGAUAUGAAAUGACAAAAUAAUAUCUGCAAAUCUU